AUGGCUUUCUUCAUCAAUUUAUGCUCCCUCUUUUCUACAUUUCUUUUCACGUCGACCUUCUUAAUCCAUGUUCACGUCACUUCGGCUCAAAGUAACAUUGUUCUUGCCAAUUUUACUAAAUUACCUUUUCCGACGAAUGUUGGCGCUGGGGGUUCCCUAGCGUUUGAUGCACUAGAAAAAGGCCCUUAUGCCGGCACUACCGACGGCCGAAUCCUUUACUUCUCUAGGUUCCUCAAUACUUGGUUGGAUUAUGCAUAUACUUCGCCAAACAGACAUAAUGAUGGAACACUGGGAUACGAUAGGUCACCUACAUGCGGUUUCACUCUAGGAUUGAGUUUUAAACCUUUUGUUGGUCUCUAUGCAUGUGAUCCGUUUGUCGGACUCACAUUUGUGUUAGCCGGCGGUCCGGCCAUAACCCUCGUUCGUAAUUCCGACGCAUCGCCACCCCUAAAGUUUGCUAAUAGCGUGGACGCUGCAAGUGACGGGAUGGUUUAUUUCACAGACACAAGUUCCGUAUAUGGUCCACCGGAUGCAAAGAAGUCCAUGGAUACAAUGGAUGCCUCGGGAAGAUUAUUCCAGUAUAAUCCAACAACAAAGAAAUUAACAACACUAUUAUCACAACUCGAAGGACCAGUGGGAUUAGCAACUAACAUCAAUGCAUCAUUUUUGUUAGUCACAGAAGCUCUUCAAGACAGAAUCCUCAGGUAUUGGCUGACAGGACAAAAAGCUGGAACCUCUGAACUUUUCCUCUCUUUUGGUGGAGCGCAGCCAAGCAAGAUUAAGAGGACUCAAGAAGGAAAUUUCUGGGUUGGGAUUAACAAUAAGACGAGUACAGGGGCGCCUUUUCCAUUAGGCAUAAAGUUUAGUCCGGAGGGUGAACUUUUGGCUGUUGUAGAUUUCAGUAAGGAAUACCAAAGGCGUAUUACUAACGUGUUGCAGCAAGGGAACGAAUUGUUUGUUGCUGGUGUUAAUGCAAGUUUCAUUGGCAGAUAUGAAUUACAGUAUAACUAG